AUGGGGCAAAGAUAUAGACGGAAAGAGACAAAUCCCCAUUUAAGGCCGGAAGAGGGAGUGCGCCGUUGUUUAAGGUGUGAGGGAGGCGUUAGCGGGUGCGCGUUGAACGAAGGGGGGCAACAGGAUGUGGCGGAUUUGAGUGUUAGUAGGGUGGAAGAUGUGCAUAUUUUUGCCAAAAUAUGGACUUUUCCAUUUGAGAACGGGGAUUUGCGUGGGACGGGCGGGGAGGCGGGCCAAGGGGGAGGACGGGAAAGGAAGAAGGCAGGCGCGGCGGGGCGCGAGGCAGGAGGAAAGGGGGGACGGCAGAACGACGGGACCGAGCACAGGGAGGAGGGCAAAGGCACAGGCGGCGGCGCAAGGACCAGAGGCGCCACAAAGGAGACCGAAGCCGAAAGAGCAGGAGAACGCGGAAGAAAGAACAAGAGCAAACCGGGACAAGGGGGCAAGGAACAGGCGGGACAACGCGCGAGAGGAGGCACGCGGCCCCAGAGGCAGAAAAGGGAAAAAGGCGAGGGAAGGAGGGAAAGGGCGAAGGGACGGGGGAGAAGGAGAGGAACAAGAAAAGGACAACAAACGGACAAGAGCCAGGAAGAAGGGCGAAGACGGGAAGAGGCAACCAAACGAGACGAGCAGGGAGAGGGAGCGAAGAGGCACAAGACGAAGGGGAGACGGAGCAGACCGGGGAAAAGAACGCACCGAAAAGGAGAGGAAGCGAAAAAGGCGGCGGGGAGGGCCGAAGGCAGGGGAGAGGAAGGGCAGCGCGAGGAGAGAGAAGCGGGACAGGAAAACAACACCCACAGCCAAAAGCGGCAGGGAGCGCAAAGCAGAGGAGGGGGAACAGGAACCGAAAGAGGCGGAGGAACCAGAAACGAGAAAGAGGGCCCGCGGAGCAAAGCAGGCGGCGGCAACCCCGAACAGGGCGAAAGCGAACGCGGGGGAGGGGGAACGGACGAACAAGAGGCCCGAGGGGCAGGAAGAGGAAAAGAGGCAGGAGAAAGAACAACGGGCAAGAGCCACAACGGGCAAGCCACCGAAAGAGGCAGGAAAGCGGCCCGCAGGCGGCAAAGACCGAAACCACGGAGGCACAGCGGGGGGCGACAACGGCCGAAAGCCAGGGCACGGCAAAGCGAAACGGCCCGAGCCAAGGGGGAGCAAAGAGCAAGAGGGCAACGAGAGCACAAGCGCCGCAAGGGAAGCGGGAGAAAAGCACAAGAAAAGGGAGAAACCAGAAGCAGCAAACGCCAGAGGGAGGGAAGAAGAAAAGCAAGGGGGGGGGCCGAAAACACGGAAAAAGCGAGACCCGAAAGGAGGACCGCAAGCGCAAGCGCAGAAGACGAAAGCAGGGAGGAGGAGAAAGGACGACGAGGCCGCGACAGCCAAGAAGCAGAGGAACGAGGCCGCAGGGCAGAGGAAGAAGAGGGAAACGCGCACGCGGCGGCGGGCGGGCAGCCGAAGCAAGGGCGGGAGGGAGGCAAACCGCCAGGGAAGCGGGCACGGAAAGGAGGAGGAGGGGAAGGGAGAAAGAGCACGGACGCCAAGCGAAAAGAGGAGAACGCGCGGCGCAGGACGAGCCAGAAGGAAGGAGAGCAAGGGCGCAGGGAGAACAAAAGGCGGAGCAGGGCGAAGGAGCAGCGCGAGAAAAAGGGCGCGCGCGGAAGGAGCAGGGCACAGCAAAAGAAAAGAGAGAGCAAGAAGGGCGGGAAGGGGGGACAAGGGGAACAAGGCAGCCAACGGAAGGGACAGAAGGGGAAACGAAGCCAGACGGCCCGGAGAGAAAACCGGAAGGGGGGGAACGCCAGCGCCGCGGCACAAGGCGAAACGAACAAAGCACGAAGGCAGACGCACACGGAGAGGCGGGAAAGGCGGGACAACGAAGGGGGGAAACAGGAAAGAGAAAACCGAGGAAAGGCAAGCCGAGACAAAGAGGGGGCAAAAGGAAGGGACCAAAGGGCAGGGGAAAAAGGCCACACCAAAAAGGGAGGCAGCCGAACGGGAAGGCGCGAGCCGAGAAAAAGACAAAGGGGAACCAGAGGCAAGAGCGGCCAAAGAGGGCGGCGCAGGAAAGCGCAAAGAACGGAACAACCGGAAAGGAGCCGCAGAAGAGCGGGGGAGGGGAAGGGAAGGACGGGGCCGGCAGAAGAAGAGGGGGGGGAGGACCCGGAACGCCGCGCGAGGAAAGCGCGGAAGAGAACACAGCGACGGAAACAAACCAAGGAGCGGGGGCAGGAGGAAAAGCGGCCACCAAAAGAGCAACAAAGGAAGGAGAAGGACAAAAGCGGGGCCAGGGGGAGGGCGAGGAGCGCACCGCCAACGGAGACAGAGGACCAAGGAGGAGGCAGGGGCACGCGAGGGGAAGGGGGGGCCAAAAGGGACGACGAACCCCCAAGGACCCGAAACGAAGGGGGACCGAAAAAGACAGGAGCGGGGAGGCAGGAGAAACAGGGCAGAGGGGAGGGAGACAGGGGAGGCGCAAGACAGAGGACGGGGGACAAAACAAGGGGAGCAAGGGCAAAGAAAGAAAGGGACCCAAAGGCAGCGGGGGAGGAGAAACAAGGGGCCAAACGCGAGGAAAAGGAGAGAGCAGCAAGAAAGGAAGAAGCAGACAAGAGGGCGCGAGGGAGAAGGACGGAAAGGCAACCGGCGAAGCACAAGGCAGGGCGGCGACAAAGGAGACAAAGGAGAAGGCCGGAAAGAAGAGGGCAAAAGCAGAAACACGAAGGAGGGCAGGACAGCACGGACAGGCCAACGAAAGAAGAACAGGGAGGGAAGGGCAGGAAAGGCGGCGAAGACGAACAGGGGGCGGGGAGCGAAGAGCAAGGCAGAGCGCAAGCAAGAAGGGCACAACAAGCGAAGCCACGGGAACAGGAAGACAAGAAAGAAGCGGGCCAAAAAGGAAGCGGGGAAGAGGCGGACCCGAAACAGCGGACACGAAAGAGAGGGGAGGGGAGGCCGGCCAAAAGGGAAAACAGCGGAAGAGCGGCCGGCAAGGCAAAAGAGGGAGACACAAAGGCGCGAGCGCGAAGCCGGCGGCACAGGGAGCGGGGGGACCAAGAGAGCCAGCAAGGAGAAGCGGAAGAAAGGACACCCGGGGGGAGGAGAGGACGGGGCAAGAGAGACAGGGGGGCGGGGCGGGAAAAAGAAGAAGGAAACAGAAACGGCGCGGCCAAAGCGGGGAAGCAACGGCAAACAGAGAAAGGAAGGCAAAAGAACAAGAAGCAGAGCGGAGCAAGGAACCGAAGGGGGCAACAAAGGGAGAAAGGAGGGCGGGGCGCAAAAGGGAAGAGGGCAGCAACGCGCGGCAGCACGAACGCCGCAGCAAAACGGAGGAGCCGAAAGGAGAAAGAGAACGCGAAAAGAAGCAGCACGAACAAGGAGCGCACACGCAGGGCGACCAAAGAGAGGGGGGCGGAAGCCAGAAACACCGCAGGCGAGACACAGAACAGAGCCGGAAGCAACAAGGCGCACAACAAAACACCAGAGGAGCGAGGGAAAGGGAAGACGCCAAAGAGGGGAGAGGGCAGGGGGGGGGGGCAGGGGGGGAGGCACAACAAGGGCAAAAGCGAGCGGAAAGCAGGGGACGAAAGAGCGGACGAAGGAGGAGGCAGGGGAGAGGCAGCCAGAAGCAAAGCAGGCAGAGGGCGGAACAAGCGAACAAGGGGGAGCGAAGAAGCCAGCCACGGCAAAGGGGAGGAACAAGCGGAGAAAAAGCCCGGCGGGAGACAAGAGACCGGCGAGCCCAGCGCAAAAGGCCGCAGAAAGCCGGAGAGGAAGACAGCGCAGACGAAGAAGACGGACGGGCGGCGACAGGAAGGAGCAGCCGAAAGGACCAGAACCCGAGAAGGGCAGCGCAACAAGCAAAGGGAAAGCAACCGAGCAAGCCGGCGAGCAACGCACCAGCGGAACCAAGGAGCGACAGAGACCGGCCGGAGAGCCAGAGAGGGAGACGCAGCCGGCGCAAGAGGGCGGGGAGCCAGAGCGGAGAGGGGGGAAAGAGCAGCCACCAGAGCAAGGGAGGGGAGAGGGCAAGAAGGGGGGAGAACAAGAGCGGCAGGACACGAAAGGAGGAGGGCAGGCGGCGGAGCCCAAAGAGAGCCGAAAGCGGGAGAGGAAGCGGGAGGGAGCCGGACGGGGAAGAGCGAGGCAAGAAGAACGGCAGCAAGGGGAACGAAAGGAAGGAGGGGAACGAGGACCAGACCAGCACAGCAAAACGGCAGGGGAACGAAAGGGGGGGGAGAAACAAAAGGAGGGAAGAGGGACGCAGGGGAGGAACAAAGCGCGCCGGGGGCGAAAGGAGAGGGGCAGGAGGAAGGGAGGGAGGGGGAGGAGACCGGCGCCCCCGGGGCCAGAGGGGAAGCGAGACGAAGAGGCGGAGCGGGGGCAGCGGACAAAAAGGGCAAAGGCGAGCAAAGGGAGGGCAAAAGCGCCGGCCGGAAGGGACGGCGGGAAGAAGAAGGAGAGGGGAACAACCGCCGGGGGGGGCGAGCAACAAGGACCGCGAAAAGGGGGACCACCGGAAGAAAGCGCGAGACGGGGGGAAACAAGCGCCACGAGCGGGGGAGGAGACACGGCAGGGGGCCGAAGCAAGCGGGGCGGCACGAAAGGAGGGGGGGACAAAACACGCGGGCGGAGAAAGGAGAAGGAGCAGAGCCGACGGGGACAAAGAGAGGGGACGACGAGGAGCGGCGGAAGCACGAAGCCAGAGCGAGGGGAAAAAGGCGCCAAGCGCAGGAAAGGAAAAGGGGAAAGGAGGAGGAGGGGAGAACGGAAGGAGGGCGGGGCGGACAAGGGAAACAAGGGCCGGAGGGGAGAGGGAGAAACCAAGCCAAAGACACAAAAGAGCGGAGCCGAAAGGGGGGCAGGGAGGGAAAAAGGGCCGGCAAAAGACCGAGGAGGACAGCCCGGAGGAGGGACAGGGACAAGGAAGGAAAGGAAGGGGAGCAGAAAAAAGGGGCGGGGGAGGGGCGCGCGGCGAGACCGACAGCAAGGAGACCCGAUCGCGUGGGGCGGGGGG